ACUAGUCGCUUUGUAGCUAUGUUUACUAUAUGUGCCUUCGCUAACAAAAGAUCUAGCUAUGAAUUUGAUAUGAAAAGGUUGCAACAGCUAUUGCACAGAGAUAAUGAAUACCGUAUAAUAUAGCCAUGAAGAUCGUUCAACAUGCCAGGACCAGCAUUACCUUCGAUCCCCUCAGUAUCGCAUUUUAUUUUCCUAGUUGUGGUAUAGGCUAUAUACGUGUAGCGAGUUCUGCAAUAAUUUUAGGAUUUCUUUUCAGUUUUCAGUUCUACAAUAAUUUGAACGUCUGUCUGAACGUUUGUCUGGAGGCCUUCGCUUACGUCUGGAAAAAAAAACCCGAAAUACAAAUCAGUUGGAAGAGGAAACAUCAUGUCUACCUGGAGUGAGAAAGCAAAAGGUUUGCGAGACACCAAAGAUGUAGAUGAACUUGAAAAAAAGUACGACGAGAUAUGCGAGUAUUACGAUGAGGGAAUGCAUGAUCCACAGUUCUUAUACAACGCUCCUUAUGAAACAGCCAGGGCGGUCAUCCAGCUUGAGCCGAAUCGAAAUGUCAAGAUACUUGAUGUUGGAUGCGGUACAGGACUUAUUGAGGAAGAGCUAUUUAAAGAAGGAUACAGGAAUAUCCACGGAGUGGACAUGUCUGCUGGUAUGCUGAAAAUUUGUGAGAAGAAGAAUGUCUUCUCAAAGCUGGUUCGGGCUAAGUUUGAUCCAAGCGAACCUCUAGAGUACGUUGAUGGCUAUUUUGAUGUAGUCAUGUCCUGUGGAACAUUCGUCCCCGGUGCGCAUUUGAACCAGACAUGUCUCCCAGAGAUAUUUCGCCUCCUAAAACCCGGUGGAUACAUGGUGAUUGCGACUCGACAGAAAGCUUUUGAAGAAGAGCUUGGAGGCCUUAAACUUAAAAGCACCUUACCACAUCUUGUCGAAGAGGGCGUUCUGGCGAAACUGUCGCACGAUGUGAUAAGAUACACGACAGAAAUUAACAUCGACAUUCCUGGCGUCAUAUUGUCAUACGUUUUACUACCAGCACAGAAAGAGUAAAAUACCAAGUGACCGUUGGCAAAAGAAAGGCUUUAUUGACUUUUAUAUCUACAACAAUAUUAAAUAGAUAAUACAUAAAUAGUGCAUCUGAUCACAGUAGAGCUGAAUGAUAUUUUAUAUUGUGGAAAGCUCACAUUUGGUAAGCCUAAUUACUAGUAUAUACCUCCGACCACCACACAUUAUAAAUAUAGAUAAAAAAUUAUCACAUGUCAUCAACAGAAUAUCCCAUUAUUAUAUGUGCACAUACAUAAACUUUCAGUGAAUCUGUUUGACAAAUUCCAAAACAACGAAGAUUCAAAGCUAUUCUACAGAGCCAGAAAGAUGUCCCAUCAGCUAUAGAGUUGUGUUGUCUGAAAUAUAAACAUGGGCCUACCAGAGGUCAUGAUAAAAAUGGUAUAUCCCAAGAUCAGUCAAUGAGAAACGUAAGAAAUCUUAUUACAAAAGAAUGAAAAAACUCUGAAUAGUCCAGUGGCUAAUGCUUUGAGAAUGAACUGGAGAAGUAUUGCAGAUGUGAACCAGUGAAGUGCAAUUUUGACGCUGACCCGGACACGAUCCGGCCAGCGUAGAGGAGAAGGAAUUUGGAGCUGAAUACAGAGGCUUAAGUAUGAACAUUAAUCUUCAAUUUGUUAUCCUCCCCGAGUAUUUUGGUAUAUUCCACACACACACACCCUCCCUCCCUCUCACACACACACACACACACACACCCAACCACCACCACCUUACAUGCACAUCCACUCACGCACACACAAAUAAACUGUGAGCAUUAAAAAUAACAUAAAAAAAGGUAUUUUCCAUAUGUUUCUCCUAUAUCUCCCAAGUCCCCUGCCCUCAAUUCUCGAUGUGGCCUCCAUAAAAUUGUACAUUGGUGUACAUAUAUAAGUGGCGAUUUUCUCGAGAAACUCGGUGUACUCGGCUCCCGCCAGUUUGGCGCAACAUGUACAUAGGUAUUUCUUUUCCACGAUGAAGCGCCUUAAUAUUUGCAGUUGGCCUAUUGAAGAUCUUUGCUUUCAAGUACACCCACAAACAUAUAACAGGAGUGCGAUCUGGCCAUGCCAGGGCCACUCAACUUUUUUUAAGGUUCAGUGCUAUCGCUCUGUUUCCAAAGAGCUGUUGCUGGCUGUCAGCAUGCAUUGACAAUCCUUCGCCUGUGCGCUGGGGCACCAUCAUGUGCCUACCAUACGUGUAUACUGUUCUGUUGCGUUGGCGCGCGAAUCUAUGCAUCUGGUCUGGUCCAGAGGAAUAGGAACGAUUUGGGCUCAUAACACAAAGGUUUAUAGCGAUCAAUCGCUAACCUGUGUGUAAUGUUCGGGGCCCCGUCAACAGUCUGGCCAAACAAAAUAAGCUAGGUCCAAUUGGCGUUCUACUUCCAACUCGACCAAUCCAAUUAAACUGUGACUUUUUGUAAGGAAUUCUUCUGCUUAUAAGUAAAACCGAGUGGCCUCUGUAAGUGACGUUAGAACUUCUAAUUCCACAGAAUACCGUGACACACAAAUCAGCCCGAUUGAGAGAUCAUGCGGCGUUAAAAUGGCAAUAGCAAGGUUCAACCUGCAAUUCAAUGAAACAAUGAAAUCAUACAGAAUCUGAUAUACGAACAUGGCAACAUCCUUCUCAAUAACAUCCAUGUAUAAUUUCUGAAGGUUUCCAUGGCGAAGAAGAAUAGUGUAGUAGGUUUCACGGUACACCAUGUAUUCUUUCUUGGGCAUAUGUUGGUCCUGAAAAGGACCACCCAAUCUCGACGUUUCGACAAGUGUGUUCUUGUCGUCCUCAGGAGAAUUCUCCUGAGGACGACAAGAACACACUUGUCGAAACGUCGAGAUUGGGUGGUCCUUUUCAGGACCAACAUAUGCCCAAGAAAGAAUAACAUCCAUGUACUAUAUAAAUCACAGGUAUAAACAACAUAACUCUCAACGAUCUAUCCUGUUUCACCUUAGUUUCUUGUUUAUGCCUCAAUGAAUGCAAACAACAGUUGUUAAAGAAAUUAUAUACUAUCAAUAUGAUUUGUCUAUGAUAAUUCCUUAUUAUGUAGCUAUAUUAUAUGUCACCGAUAAAUAUUCGCAAUUUUCCCCAAAACAUGAGCAAACAAACAAAUACAUCAACAAUUUUACCAUCCUAUUAAUUACCCUUUGCUUGGCAAUACAAUCAUACACAAGAAAAGGUGCUGACCUAAUUAAAUAUGCGCACUGUAAUCGUAACUUGUGCACUCAACCUAUAGGCACUCAUUCAAUGAACAAUUAGGUUAUGAUAUAAGCUUGUUCUCUGUUAUAUCUCCUUGUGUGGCAAAAUAAGGGUGGCAAUGUUUGGCUUAUUUUCUCUUUUUCUUUGGGACAAAUGCUUUAUUUUUUUUACACUGAGUUUUCAUUACAGCUAUUCAUCAUAUAACUUGGCUCUUAAGUAAAUUUGAUUCUUUAAAUUAUUUUUUUCUUAAUCAAAAAUAGAGAUUGAAAAAUGAAAAUUUUCUUGCCAUAUUACUUUCCACCAAUAGAGGGCGUACACAAAAAUAUGCCAAAAAUUCAAUUUUUUAAGCGCUCUGGUGAAUAAAUUUUUUUCCCAAGUUACUAAUGAAAAAUAAAUUGCAACUGUAUGGAAAUUAGUAAUUUUGGUCACACAAGUGAUAUUUUAAUGAUUUUUUAAAGUAUGUGCUCUGUACAGCAUUGGCAUACCAUAGUCCUACCUGUAGAUUCCCCACAGGCAGGAUGGUUGCAGUGAGCUAGUGCCUAUAGGCAAUGCAAACACAUUAAUCCUCAACUUCAAUCUAUUUUGCAACCAAACUGAAGCUAUUCAUUCAUUCAGCUUCAGCAUAUAACAUGCUGGCUCAUAAAUGUUCAUCACAUAAAUCAUAUUUCUCCAUCUACGUCUUUACACCUAUCAUCGCUUUGGUACAUGUACACGUCUACACAUCUCCACUACAGUACAGCAAUACACGUACCAUACAUAACCCACACCUGCACAAAUUGAUUUCAAAAUUAAACGUACCAUUUCUACUCUUAAUAUUUUAUUAGUCCUGUACUUCGUCCUAAAAAAACGAGUAACCUGGACUUAUUUUCAUUGUUUGUAACUUCCCUUUGUUUUAAUUGUUUUGAAUAAAGGUGAUAUUAAAAAAAAAAACAUAGAGCCAACAUAUUUCGAAGUUAUUGAUACAUAUAAUUAUUGAAACAUUAAAUACAAUGAUAAAUGAUGUAUUCUGUACUUACAACAUUGGGCUCAUCAAAACAGAGAAAUACGGCAUGUCUGUGAAAUUGACUUAUUCAAAAUUCGUGCCACAUCAUCAUGUCCGAAAAAUAGGGCUCCCUCUCGAGACAACUACAAAUUUCCAAAGAAAAAGGUGACGCUUCUGUCGACAUAAACAAAUCAUGACAAGUUUUGGCCUCCUUUUGCCAACCAAAAUAAAUAUAUAUUCC